GAGGAGCUGCUCUGGAGACAUGAGGUCGAUGCUCAUCUGCGCGCUUCUGUUGGCCACAGUUACUCUUGGAAAGGCCUGUCUCAGCGGUCAGUUCACUGAAUCAGGCCAGUGUUGCAGUCUGUGUCCUGUCGGCUUUGGAGUGGAGGCAUCCUGUGGGAAGGAGGAUACCAAAUGUGCACCAUGCCCACAAGGAACAUUUUCUUCAUCUGAAAGCCUUAAACCUUGCGUUCCAUGUACGAAGUGCCCGCCUAGCCUCCCCACCCUGACGACCUGCUCAGCCUCCAGCGACACCCACUGCGAGUGUGACACCGGCUUCUUCUUCAUGAAUGUCUAUGGCGUGUGCGCGCCUUGCUCCAAGUGCAGGCGCGGCGAGGGUGUGAUCCAGGAGUGCAAGUCUCAGAACGAUAGGCUGUGCAAGAUCUGUGGCCCAGGAACCUUCUCAGAGGAGCAUCACAGCACCAAACCUUGCCAGAUGUGCACUCGGUGCUCAGACAACGAGGUGGAGAUCCGUCCUUGUUUGCCCAACUCUGACACGCUCUGCAUGGAUAAGAAGCUGCACAUCAUGUCUCGUCCCAGUGAGACCGAAGGGCCCCACGUGACUCCUCAUUGGCCACUUCUAGAGGAGGAGGAGGUCAACCGUACACCGGAACCGUCCAAGUUUACCCCGCAGGACGAGGGUGGACGCAACAACAUAGUGGCCUAUGUGUCUGUUCUGGCGGCUGUGGUUCUUGGAUUGCUCAUUUAUGUGGCUUACAAGUGUUGGCAGUCGUGCAAACAGAAAAGGGCUUUGUCUAAGGCCCAUGCAGCUGAGCUGGGAACAUCUCCAGAGGGAGAAAAGCUCCAAAGUGACAGCGGUGUUUUUCUGGACUCCUACAGCCUUCAGGACAACCAGCUCAACAAAGGUUCCAAACGAGACAGCAAGCACGACAAUCGCCUGUACAUCAACCUGACCCCCCACCGACAGGAGGAGGUGGAGCGCCUCCUGCAGGAAGGAAGCGGCCGGGGAUGGAGGCACCUGGGAGCAGCGCUGGGCUACGAGCCCGAACAGCUGGACCUGUUCGGGCGCGGCGAGGCUCCGGCGCAUACGCUUCUCUCUAACUGGGCCCAGAAAGAGGGCUCCACUCUGGGACUGCUGUUCUCUGCACUGGCUCGUAUCGAGAGACCCGACGUGGUCACAGCUCUUAACUGCACCUCGCAGGGGGCUUCUGUCGUCUGACAACCUGUCGUCUCGUCACCUUGAAAUGGGAUGAACUCUUGAUUACAAACCUUCUGCCACUG